AUGAAAGCCACCACGGGCAGAGCGCCCAUCACUCGCAACCUGACGCCUUUGUUCACGCGACAUCGGGAUCGGCGGGCGGCGAGGAAGCUUGGGGGACUGCAUGGUACCGGGCAUGGCGACGUGGAUCGUCUGCUCGAUGUGGAGGGUGGUCGAAAGCAGGUCUCGCUCGAGAUGGCUCCGUUACCACCUCAAUGGGUGGAGGCAGCGGAACAGGCUAGAGAUGACAUCAAGACCAUCAAGGACAAGCUCGUUCAGCUGGAGAAAGCUCAGUCGAAGCGGCUCAUUCGAGUCUUCUCAGAUGACAAGACUCCAGACAGGGAGGUAGAGCGCAUAUCCAACGAAGUCUCCAAUCUGGUGAAGCGAUGCGAGGGAUCAAUCCACCAGGUCAAGACGCGUGGGACUGCUCUUGCCUCUGAGAAGGACCGAGAGUUGCGACAGAACAUGCAGCGAAAUCUGGCUACUCAGCUCCAACAGCUCUCGCAGCAUUUUCGGCAGUCACAGAAGGACUACCUGAGCGACAUUCGGAACCGGCAGAAAGGAGGGAUGCUUGACGAUGGUGCGGCAAAGGGAACCAUGCCCGAUGCCGAUGUAGGUUUCACCGAUGGCCAGUUACAGGACCUGCAGGACAUGGAACAAAGUGCGACCACACGGAACGAGGAGAUCAGCAAGAUUGCCGCCUCCGUCACCGACCUGCACACCAUCUUCAAGGAGCUGGCUGUGCUGGUCAUCGACCAGGGAUCCAUCCUGGACCGCAUAGACUACAACAUUGAACAGGUUGUGCACCAGAGCGCGGAAGCAAACAAGCAGCUUCGAAAGGCGGAAGAGAGCCAAAAAAGCAAUCGAGCUAUGAAUUGCAUCUACUUUCUGGUCAUUGUCAAUCUUGUCUUGAUCGUUUUGCUCAUUCUAAAGGCCAGACAUUAG